CACAACGCUUAGGAAGGCAUAGAAAAGUGGGAGUGAGUGUCGAGGUCGUGAACCCGAUCCAGGUUUACGAAUCCUUAGAGCACUUAAAACCGGAACUGAUUUGUUCCUGAUAGUAUCUCUCUCCUCAUUCCUAUCGCCCUCAAUUGUGCCACCCCAGGCCCUAGUUGCGUGGUGGGAUCACAUUAUCAGUUACCAUCUACAACCGUCAGUUUCACUGCAAUCAUGGCCCUUAAUUUAGAAGAAGCCAAAGCUCACCUUCGGGAGCACGGUUGGGCCAGGAUUCCGUCGGUCCUGAGCAAGGAGGGGGCCGCCCACACGUUGGAUAGACUCUGGAAGGCCAAAGAAGCGUCUGAGGCGAAUGGGGAGGAUACGUUUCAGCCCAUUCUGGACCCGAAUUCGGCAAAUGUACGCGUGUUCUACCUUCCGGAGCUGGAUGAGCGGUUGCGUGACCUGCUCACGCACCCCACGGGCAUUGAGUUGACCCAGUCAGUGCUCGGGGACAAGUUCCUCGUCAGCAACUUUUCGGCCAACAUCGCGCGACCAGGGGCGCAGAGCAUGGCCCUCCACUCCGAUCAGAGCAUCGUCCUCCCGGAGCCAUGGCAGGAUAUAUGGGCCGUCAAUGUGAUUUGGUGCCUUACCCGAAUGACGAAAGAAAACGGUGCGACUCUAUACAUUCCGGGCUCGAAUCGGUGGACCCGCUGGGAGGAUGUUCCACCCAACGCCCCGGACCUCCUAGUGCCAUUUGAAGCGGAUGCGGGCGACAUUGUGGUCCUAGAUGGCCGUCUGUGGCAUACAUCUGGGAGCAAUGUAACGUCGGAUGAGGACCGUGCCAUCCUGUUUGCGUAUUAUACGGCGCCGUACAUGCGUCAGUUAGUCAACUGGACAGCCAAGUUACCCAAGGAGCUUCAAGAGUCACUGAGCCCGGAGUUGAAGGAAUUAUUGGGACUCAGUCAUAUUGGCUAUGUGGUCCACGGCGACUUAACAUACAUGGCCGACAAAUACCCCAAAGCUAGUCCAUCGUCAGCGCCUACGAGGGGUAAUGUAUGAUAGGGAAAUAGUUGAAAUCGCGGAGAAUAUCUGAACUGAGACACGUCGAAGAGGGAACAACGUAGAACGCACUGUCCAUGCUCGGUCUCCAUUUGUAGACCGGCAGUAGAUACAGGUACGACAGACACAACGCAGGGAACAAUACGCGGGUCAGAAAAAUGUCUGAAGACAUCUCGCAGCUUCUGGACGAGUGGGCGACACGCCUGUAUUUCGCGAUGGCCACCACGAGGGGGUCAUCUGACUCUCUGAGCAGUCUGCAAAUGCGCUGUGGGACUAUUGGCUCCGUAGAGCGCGCGGACGACCCCCAAAGCCUCGG